AGGGACACUUCGAACACACUUACACGAACUAGUAGCUCAGGCCAGCCGAAAGGCACAAAGCACAGAAGACCACCGAUGGCGUCGAGGCAGAACACCCGUGAGGCGCGCGCCGAGGCCGAGGCGCGGCGCGCCGUGGAGGAGCUGGCGCGGGCGCGGGACGAGCACCUGGUGCAGGCCGAGGUGAACGCCCGCUCGGCGGCCGACGAGAUCGCGCGCUCCCGCGCCGACCACGGCGUCGCCGGGGCCGCCGGCGCCGGCAGCGGUAUCCUGGGCAGCGUACAGGAGGGUGCCAAGUCCUUGGUGAGCGCCGUGGGCCGCACCUUCGGCGGCGCCAAGGACGCGGCCGUCGACAAGACCUCGCAGACGGCGCAGGCCACCGCCGACAAGGCCCGGGAGGCCAGCGACAGCGUGGCGCGCAAGACGAGCGAGACGGCAGAGGCCACCCGGAACAAGGUGGAGGAGGCGCGGGAGACCAAGGACGCCGCCAUGGAGAAGGCACGGGAGACUAAGGACGCCGUGGCGCAGAAGACGAGCGAGACCGCGGAGGCCACCAAGAACAAGCUCGGGGAGUACAAGGACGCGGCGGCCGGGAAGGCGCGGGAGACCAUGGACACCACCGCCGAGAAGGCGAGGGAGGCCAAGGACGUCACCAAGCAGAAGGCCGGCGAGUACGCCGACGCUACCCGCGGGACCGCGCAGGAGGCAAGGGACAGGUCCUGGGCCACCGCGCAGACCGCCGCCGACAAGGCCAGGGAGAUGGCCGCCGGCGCCCACGACGGCGACAAGGAGCAAGCAGGACCAGGUCUGCUGGGCGCGCUCGGGAACGUGACGGGCGCGAUCAAGGAUAAGCUGACGAUGGGCGGCCACGGAGCGGCGGGGCAGCACGACGUCCGGCUGGGCGGCGACGACGAGCGCGCGGCGAAGGAGCGUGCCGCGGAGAAGGCGGCGUCGGUGUACUUCGAGGAGAAGGACCGGGCGCUCCGGGAGCGCGCGGCGGAGCGGGUGGACCGGUGCGUGGACAAGUGCGUGGAGGGGUGCGCCGGAUCGACCUGCGCGCACCGCCCCGGCAAGAUGUGAGAAGGCGCGGACGUGGCGCGCGCUGGCCGCUACGUGCCCCCGCCACCGCCGCGGCCCCUGCAUGGGCAAAUAAUAAACUGUUGCUAGUAGUAGUGGCCUAGCAGAGCUUCGUGUUUCAGUUCUCUUUUGGUGCUUUCCAUGAUGUUCAAAUUUCACACUGCCUUUCAGCCUUUGUAAACCUUUGGUAAACGUUCACAAAUGAGAAGCUCUGGAAGUAAUAUAUAC